AUGGAGAUCGUGUCCAGUGCAGCGUCCUCUCAACCCUUACCUCCGAGCGAUUCAUUAGAACCGGCCGGCCAUCACUCAGGCGGGCCCCCGAAACCGACUCCUCCGCUCACAACGAGUGCCACCGUUCCCAGAAGACACACAAAGGGACUAUCACUAAAUUUCCCCAUUCUGGUGCCUACCAACGUGUCAAACUCGCAGUCUCCGACGCUUGGUUCUGGGGUGCAGAGCCCGAUCGAAUCAGCCAAAUCGUCGCCCCGUCUUCGUGGUGCCCCUUUCAGAGGCCCCGACUCCGCCACCGAACCGCAGGACAAAGCCAAGACAAGAGGAAGCGCAGAGUUCUUGACACUGCUGGCAGGUCAGGAAAGAAAAGUGCUCGAGUUGAAGGAAGAACUCCAGCGGGCAGAGGCGGACUUGUUAGUGCUGAAGAAGCAAUGGGCGGCCUACGAAGCGAACAAGAAGAGGGAUGAGGUGAGACAAGUGAAGAAGCUGCAGCCCUUGGCCUUGGGUGAUAUCGUUGGUGGCGAAGGUGUUGUCGCAGAGGACGACCUUGAUGAAGAACGCAGGCGGAAACGAGCACUGGUGGAGAGAAGCCAGACGACUCAACCGAUCUCGGCGAGUAAUGCCGUAUCCAACGGUUUGGUCAGAAAAGGAUCAAAGAGGGUUUUCGAGGGUGGCCGCCAUACGAGAACCCUGAGUCUUCUCAGCCCGACCACUACGAGAGGUGCAUCGAAACGGGCAGAGGAGACACAAAACACGCGCGAAGACACAGUGAACGUCGAUGGCGAAGAAUUCAGCAGACCUUCGCUUUCGAGGAUGCCGACCCUCGAUGGACUGAUAUCUGGGGAUGCACUGCCCCUUGGGUUUGGCAAGACGUACAAAGAUCUAGCCGCGCAUCGGAGAUCUCUACCACCGGUCGCAGCAGAUCUACUGGUGAAGCAGGGCAAACAAGUUUAUGACGGAGUCAGGGAGGGACUAUGGACAUUCUUCGAGGAUAUUCGGCAAGCCACUGUUGGGGAGGAGGGCAUUAACGGGACCGCAGCCCAGCAGCGACCGGUAAGGCCGAUCCAGAAAAAGGCAUCCAGGAAAUCCUCCGACAAACAGAGCAAAAUCAACUCAAGAGAGAGCACCGAAGCACCCAGUCCACGGCCCAUGGAACCGUCGUUCUGGAAAGAGUUCGGGCUGGAUACACCACACAAAAUCUCGCCUCGACCAAAUGAGACGCAAAAGACCAAUGGACACGUUCAGCAGAAGAGUAGUACGGACUCUUCCAACACCCCCAGUCUGUUACCAGAUCUGAACGACAACGAUGACGUCGAAGACGCCUGGGAUGCCUGGGAGUCCCCUGUCAGCACCCGAGGACCCCUGAUUGCCGGGAUGGAGGACAUUAGACAAAAGAGAGAAGACGGAGAGGCUGGCCUUGCUUGGCCAGAACUGGAGAGGAUUACUCCAAGCAAGCUCACCCGGACGGUGAGCGAUUUAAUGAAGGAGUGGGAUUCACAAGAAAGUCAGGACGCUCCAGCCAAAACAAACGGGCUGGAAAAUGGGCAGAUGCACAUACUUGACAGUCCCCAUAUGUGA